AUGGGUGUGCCAGGAUUGUGGGACCUCUUGCGACCGGCUGCUACUCGUACUUCCUUGUCUACCUUAGCUCGACAAGCCGUCUUGUCAAACCACAACGGUCAUCGUGCCCUUACGAUAGGCAUAGACGCAUCAAUAUGGAUGUUUCAUGCUCAGGUACCUCAACAUGGGGAAAACCCUUUCUUGCGAACGAUCUUUUACAAAAUCACACAAUUACUUCAACAACCAGUCUUACCGGUCUUCGUCUUUGAUGGUCCUAAUAAACCCUCGCAGAAGAGGAAUCAGAAUAUCACUGGACAAUUCGGGACGGCAGAUCAUAGGAGUAAGCAGUUCAAAGCUCUGUUAGAUGAAUGUGGUCUGGAGUGGUGGAACAUUGAUCUCACCUAUAGUAACUCGCCCACACUUUCCGGUGCUCAAGCAUCUACAAUCACCAAAAACAAUCCCCUCAAGGGAGAUCUUCGACCUUAUGAGGUUUAUCGUUCAGAGGCUAUCAAGCAACUGUGGACGGACAAAGAAGGGACUGCUCUCAAGACGGAGGAAGACUGUCGGAUGGCUAUGGUUUUGAUUGCUUUGUUAGGUGGGGGUGACUACGCCCCAGAAGGCUUAUCCGGCUUCGGAGCUACCAUUUCGUUCGGCUUGGCUAACGCUGGUCUCUGCCACUUCUUAAAACAAUACACCUCAACUCCGGCAUCAUUCACCUCCCAGCUGUCAUCUGUGCAUCAACAAAUGGUAGCAGAACUUCGUACAAACUCUUCCAGAUUCAUGGGACGACGCUAUCCCGCUCGUGCUACCGAGUUGGAAAAACACGACCUUGCAACUCUCUUCCCGACCUUCACCCUGAACGCCUAUCUACGUCCAGUUACUUCCCCUCUUCUCGAUCUCACUCAGGGCUGGCCAGGUUUUGGCCAAGGUCAGCCGUCCGUAACUCGCGGUAAAGCAAGGUCCAAUGGGAGGGGAGACUUGGAGGGUAUGGCAAGGGCAUGCGAGAAGUUUUUCGAAUGGGGUACUAAGGAUCUUGUGUGUAAGAAGUUCGCAGGGGAGAGUGUGAGUUUAUUCGGGGCUGAGGUGAUGAAUACGGCCAGGGAUACAUUGAGUAGAACACCUCAAGUCGUCAGUUCCUCGAAUUCUCGACUUACUAGUUACUUCCCUAUUGUCACAUCAUCUCCAUCUUCCUCCGACAAGACCGCUCCCGUCAUUCUGCCAACAUCUUCCUCCGCUCCAGAUCACACUCCUGCGUUUCAAGAAAGACCCAAAAUGCCCGAUUACGUGGGCAGGAUUUGUUCCAUCCGACCCGAUCCACUCAACCCCGAUCUGAAGGAAUAUCGGAUUUCCUUCUCCCAUUCAGUCCUUGCAGACCGGUGUCGAGCAGCCAUGGUAGGAGCACGAGUGGAUCCCAUUUCCCUUGAUCCAGAAGAACGUCGAUUGUUGGGUUUGAUCGAUCGAGGCGACGACGCCGAUGCACUGCCGCCCUCUUCUCAAGUCACUUCUAAGACAGAAAGUAGAGUGUGGAUAGGAGACUACUUGAUACAGGAGGCUUGGCCCCAGUUGGUGCAGGCGUAUGAGAACGAAAGAGCGGCAAAACUUGGCAAGGCCACAAAACCCAUCAAAGUCAAGACUGCGUCGAAGAUGAAGACAUCCAGCGGUAAAGGCAAGGCCAAAUUACAGUCAACGACGGAAGACUCUCGAAAAUUCGUUAAUUUCUUCACUUCCUCAUCUCAACCUUCACAAGGAGAACUCGAACAAGCUGAAAGGCACCCCGAAGACAGCCAAUCACCAUCGAGCAGCUUACUGCAAUCGAGCUCACCUCCAAGACACCCCGUCUUGAGAGAGAAAUCCCCAUCUCUUCCCAAUUUGAACACACGCUCCUCAAGCCCUCCUCAUAUCGCCUUGGCAGGUAUCAAGGCGGUAUCUGUCUCGCCAUCCACUUUCAGACGGACGCGUCACUUACUCACUCAGCCAGCUCCUUCCUCCUACGCUGUAUCGUCUCCCAAGAAACCGAUGAAGGCCACAAAACCGAUCAGUCACAGAGUAGAACCUCUUGGUGUGAUCGACCUCUGUUCUUCAUCAGAUGAAUCGGAAUCGAACGCUCCCUCCAUGUCCAGAGGUAUCGGGGACUCCUCCCGGCGAUCUGGCAGUCCUAUCAAGGCGAGUCGAAGUACAAUCAGCCUACAGACCAUUGUAGGAGCCCCGUCUUCCCACACUCAAACUCUCCUGGAUCUGCCGCGUACGAUUCGAUCGUCCCCUCGAACCCGAUCAGCGACCCAAACCAUUGCUCGAAAACAACACUACGUCCUCAUCUCAGCCACGGAAGAUGUGGAAUACUUCGAUGUGACGCGAAACGCUUUGAAGGUUCAUCGUCGGACAGAAGGUGGAACCUGAAGGGAAAUCCAUUCUCUCACAUCCUUCUCCCUUUAUCACAACUCCUUCCUUCAAUCUUAUGUAAAAGCGCCGACAAUUGAACUAUCAAACCUAUGUUGUAUCGCUUGAUUCUUC